GAGAAACCACAGCUGCGGAAAUGCAGGAAAGAGCAGCAGGGACAGAGAGCCCAGUCCCUGCCCCACAGAGCCCCUCAGAGGGCAGCCAGGCCCUGCUGGGCCAGCAAACCACCCCUGAGAUCCUGAGUGAGGCUGAGCUUGUGAUGCAGGGAUCUGAGCAGCAGCUGGAGGAACAGGGAACCAUGGAACAAAGCACGGCUGCAGAAAUGCAAGAAAGAGCAGCAGAGACACAGAGCCCAGUCCCUGCCCCCCAGAGCCCCUCAGAGGGCAGCCAGGCCCCACUGGGCACUGACCAGCAAAUCACCCCUGAGAUCCUGAGUGAGGCUGAGCUUGUGGUCCAGGGAUCCAGCCAGGAAGUGGAAGAACAGGGAGACCUGGAACAAAGCACAGCUGCAGGAACACAAGAAACAGCUGCAGGGAUAGAGAGCCCAGUCCCUGCCCCACAGAGCCCCUCAGAGGGCAGCCAGGCCCUGCUGGGCACUGACCAGCAAAUCACCCCUGAGAUCCUGAGUGAGGCUGAGCUUGUGGUCCAGGGAUCUGAGCAGCAGCUGGAGGAACAGGGAGACCUGGAACAAGCCACGGAUACGGAAACAGUAACAACAUUUACAGCAGAAAGGGAAGGGAGCCUGGUCCCUGCCCUACAGAGCCCCUCAGAGGGCAGCCAGGCCCUGCUGGAUACAGACCAGUCCAGCACCAGUGAAGUCCUGAUCAAGGCUAAGCUUAAGGGAUCCGGCCAGGAGCGGGAGGAACAGGAAGACCUGGAACAGACCUGGGAUACUGAAACAAUAUCAACAUUUACAGCAGAAAGGGAAGGGAGCCUGGUCCUGGCCCCACGGAGCCCCUGUAGCCCCUUCAGCCUCUCAGCUCCCAGCCUGGAAGCCCAGGCCCUCCGUGAGCAGCAGGAGGAGGCAGAGGUGGUUGGGGAGGGCCAAGAUUGGAAAUAUUAUGUUGACCAAGAGAUUUUCCAAUGGGAAGAUGAGGAAGAGCAAGAUCUGUCCCAAGAAGAAACCAAAACCUACCAGCAAGUGUCCCAAGGGGGAGAGCGCAGGGAGCAGGACCCGUCCCCUGGACCAGUCAAGAGCCACCAGGAACUGUCCGACUGGGACGAAUACAGCGAGGAAGAGGAACCCCAAGGGGAAGUAAAGAGCUACCGAGAAGAGUCCGACUGGGAGGAAAACAUCAAGCAAGAGCAGUCCCAGGGAAAAAAGAGAAGCUUCCAAGAAGUGUCCGACUGGGAAGAAUGCAGCGAGGAAGAGCUGUCCCACAGAGGAGCGAAGAGCUACCAAGAGGUGUCCGAUUGGGAAGAAAACAUGGAGAAAGAGCAGUCCCGGGGAGAAUCCAAGAGAUGCCAAGAAGUGUCUGGCUGGGAAGAAAACAUGGAGAAAGAGCAGUCCCAGGGAGAAUCCAAGAGACGCCAAGAAGUAUCCGACUGGGAAGACUACAGUGAGGAAGAGCUGUCCCACGGAGAUGUGAAGAGCUACCAGGAAGCGUCAGACUGGGAAGAAAACAUCAAGCAAGAGGGAGUCCAGAGAGAAUCCAGGAGAUGCCAGGAAGUGUCCGACUGGGAAGAAUACAUUGAGGAAGAGCAGUCCCGAGCAGAAGUGAAGAGCUACCAGGAAGUGUCGGACUGGGAAGAAAACCUCGAGCGAGAGCAGUCCCAAGAAGUGAAGAAGUACAAAGAAGUGGCUGACUGGGAAGAGCUGCCUGACAGCAAGGGAGGGCUGUCCCAUGGAGAAGUGAAGAUCUGCCAAGAACCAUCGGACUGGGAAGAAUCCAGCGAGGAAGAGCAGUUCCAGAGAAAAGUCAGUGCCUUCCAAAAACUGCUCAAGUGGGAAGAAUCCAGCGAGGAAGAGCAAUCCCAUGGAAAUGGCAGUAGCUACCCAGAACUGACCGAGUCGGAAGAAACCAGCAUGGAAGGGCAGUUCCAAGAAAAAUUCAGUGGCUUCCAAGAACUGCUGUCCGACUGGGAAGACUCCAUUGCCGAAGAGCUUUCCCAAGACGAAGACUCCUUUGGCCAAGAGUUUUCUGACUGGGAAGUCUACAGACCCUCAAUACUGUCCCGGUGGGAAGACGACAGUGACAGGGAGCUCACACUGCUGGACUGGGAACGCAUGACCAUCCGCAGCUUCGGGGUCAAGCCCUUGCGCCCUGAGGAGGACGAGUGGGAAGAACUGAGCUUCCUGGAGCUGUCCCAAGGACAAGGCACGGAACACAGGCUGGGAAUCCUUGCAGAAGAGGGGCUCCCGAUGCCCGUCCCUCGCGAGGCGUGGGCUGAGCGCCGGGUCUGUGCCUCCCCUCCCCGGCCGGCAGCCCAGACCCUCCAAAGGGCUGCAGCUCCUCCCGCCUUGGACAAGCAGGUGGCAAAGGCAGAGGCAGGGACAUGGAGCCAGGGCCCUGCCCCAGAGCGGCCCUGCCGCCCCCCCAGCCCCUGCCCUCCCCAGCCGGAGGUCCGGGCCCCCCGAGGGGCUGCAGCUCCUCCCACCUUGCGCAAGCAGGUGGCAGAGGCAGCGACACAGACUUGGGUCCCCAGGAAACGUCCCUCUCGUUUCAGGCAGAUGCUCAGGGCUCUGGGCAGGCUGUUCCGUGCCUGUGCGCCGGGACAGCUCGAGGAUUAGGCCCCGCUCCAGCACCGGGCCAGGCCCAGACCCCUCUGCAAUUCUUCCACAGAAAAUGACUCUACCACCGACCUUUGACACUUACUCCAAUUCUUGACGAGUCCUGCAGGGAUGAGCAAUGACAGGAGCUGUUGCUCCCACAACCUCCCUGCAGGACUGCUAUAUCCACGAGUAUUCCUAAACAAACCGAAGAUGGCUUUAGUAUGUUCACUAAUUUAAUUCAUUAAGCUGGUUAAGUAACUAUAGUUGUCGUUAAGUAUCCAGUAUCUCUAUCUCUUUA